CUGGAGAACAGAUGAAAUUUGUUGUUCCGCUUUGGAAGUUCCUUUUUAGCUAUGAAUAAAUAAUCAGUUUCACGUUUGACACUAUCUCCUGAUUGUUAUUAAUAAGUGUGAAAUGUAAGAUAGUAAAUAAUGUCAUGCUUGCCAGUCUUUGUAUUGCUUUUGGAAAUUAAAGGUACAAACGUCAAACACUGACGUCACAGUAAGCAACUACUGCUGUGAAAAUGGCUACCGAGGAAAGUCCGUUUGGUGCUUUUCUCGAGAAAUCAUGGACAGAAUGGUACGAACACAUUAAGGAUGGACAAGUUUCGAGUGAUGAGGAAGAAACUCCUUCAAGACCAUCAGGAGACUGUAUGCGGCUUCCGAAGGAAGACAUGGGGUUGUUCGGCCACUGUCCAGAGAGAGACCCGUUUUAUACUGUUGUGUGUGAACAGUGUAAGGCACUGGUGAAACCUCAAGGCCUGCGGAGCCAUAUGGAAAUAUGGCACAGACCAAGGCCUCCAGAUGCUCCAGUGCCAACACCAGAACCGGUCGAGAAAGUUCUGGCAAACAGAUUGCCCUCCACAAGCAAAACAGGAGCUGGAAAUAAAUCGGGGGCUGGAAAUGUAAAAUUGAAGGUGAAGAAACCUUCGCAGCCCACAGUUUCAACAGGUCAUCCCCCUUCCGCAGCAGCGGCGGCCGCGGCGCCCGCGCCCCCCACCCCCGCCCCUCCUCUGGGGGCGGUGCCGGUGACGCUGACGCUGACAGUGCCGGUCUCGGUCCCUGUGCAGGUCCCAGUGCCGGCUCACGCGGCCGCCGCCUUGGCAAACGACCCCGACUUGGGGCCACCCGUAGCUUCAGUAGCUCCAGGGCCAGACGCAGUUCUGGAAACCAUUCCCGUUGUAAUAGAGCCUGCAAAAGCACCCGUACGGACUCACUCACCCCCCAUUCGGCAGUCUCAGCAGAAGAAAAGACCUCGAGUAUCAAGGGAUCGAGAGUACGAUCCAGACAAGCAUUGCGGUGUGUGGAAUCCAGAGACAGGAAGACCAUGCACUCGCUCCCUUACGUGCAAGUCUCAUUCCCUGUCGAUGCGGCGCGCAGUGGCGGGCCGCAGCCAAAACUUCGACAGACUGCUGGCAGAACACAGGUCAGCCAAAGAAGCUUUAGGGCGAAAGGGAAAGGGUGCAGGAGCAUCCCUUGCACCCUCCGCCGCAGUCCGAGGCUCAGUGCAAGGGCGGUCUCCAGCUCGGCAUCGGAGUCAGUCACAGAAUGCAGUACCCAGUUCGGCUGGCAACCAGUUAAACACGUCUCUUCCCAUAAGAAGCGAAGGAAACGUCGUACUAGGUGAAAUGCGACUGAAUCAUGUGGUUGCUCCUUCAGUACAGGCCAUCCAAAAUGUAAUUACCCCAACACCAGAAACUGCGGAGAGCAUUUUACGGACCCAGUCUACAACUACCUCAAAGUACCCACUUAUUGCAACUCUUGCAAGGUUCACCCCAACAGUUACUGUGAAAGCGCAAGAAGACAAUGUUGUUGCGUAUUCUCGAAAAGCUGAGGAUGGCUCGUGGGUGACAACAGUUGCACCAAAGCCUGUUGCAGUGGUUUCGCUUACCUGUCGAAAGCAGGGUGUUGUGAAGUUUUCAAGCCGACGUCCAGAUCAAUCAAGAAAUGGCCUGCAGACUGCAUUAACAGAAGGAGUUGUUAGAGUACCAAUGACCAGUGAGAUAUACAGCAUUCAGCUGAACAAUGCUACAAAUCAUGCAGCAUCUACGAUGAAAUCUGUCCUCACAAACAUUAGCACCAAACCUAGUUUGUUAGGUGCAAACACACUUCUAAUAAACUCAGCAAAGAAUCACGUGCCAAUUCUUCCCAACAUAACACGUAAGAACCAGAAUUCUGGUACUCAGAAUAGUGCUAAUAGCUUUAAAAACAUUUUUGCCAAAUGUGUUACGACUAGUGCAAAGACUGUGGGUAACUCAAAACCAUCACUUGUGAAGACUGGUCAGUUUCAUAUGCCAAAUAUUCUUAGUGCAAGUCUGAAGAGGCCUACAGAGACAUAUAAAUCUAGUGCUGAAGCUAAGAGGAAAAGAAAAAAUACAACUGUAAAUGCCGUUGAAGUUAUGACCAGUUUGUUGGGAAAGAAACCUGCUGGUACUCCAACAUUUGCUUUAACUACUCCUCUCAUAAAGGUUUCACUUCCUAGUGGAAUUACUGCAAACUGCAGUCAACCAGAAGUUGUAAACUCAAAUUCUGUAUUCAGCUCACAAACAACCAGUGCUGAACAGCCGAAACCUAUUAUGACAGUUGCUUCGUUGCCUGAUGUAGUGAAAGCAUCAUCUGUAAAAGGUGUAACACAGAAUGUAAGAAUAGCAGCAUCGAGUAGUGCUAUCCACGUACCAGCCAACUCUAUAGCCUACCUGACUGCUGGACCUGUUACAUUUCAAAAAAUACCAGUCCUCAGCCCUCAGGUAAGUUUUUACCUCCAUUUUGUUGCUUUAUAUUGA